AUGCAAACCCUAGUCACUUGUGCUUUGAUUCUUGCUUUAAUUUCACCAUGUUUUGGAACCAAUGACACUGUUUUUAAUGUGCUAAGUUUUGGUGCUGUGGGAGAUGGCAAAACAGAUGAUUCACAAGCAUUUUUUAAAGCAUGGAAGAGUACGUGUGGAGCACAAGGGACACCAGCCCUAGUUGUGCCACCAAACUAUGUGUUCUUGUUGACUGGCCUAUCACUAAAGGGUCCUUGCAUAGCCACAACUAUUCAAAUUAAGCUUCAAGGGAAAAUAGUUGCACCUAAUAACAAGGAUGCAUGGUUAGGGUUUAAGAGUAGUUUGAUUUCCAUCACAGACGUAGUGAGGCUCACAAUUGAUGGAAGUGGAGGAUUAAUCAAUGGCUUGGGUUCUACUUGGUGGCCAUGCCCAACUUGUUCAAGACCAGCGGUCCUUGUUUUCAAAUCAUGCAGUUAUCUCAGUGUUCAUGACUUGAGCAUCAUUGACAGUCCAAAAUCUCACAUUCGCGUAAAUGGUUGUGAGGGUGCCACAUUUUCUCGUAUCAAUAUCACUGCUCCUGUUAACAGUCCCAACACCGAUGGAAUUGAUGUUACUUUUUCCAAAAAUAUCUCGAUCCAGGAUUCCACUAUUCAAACUGGUAAACCAGAUUGA